GACAGCUGUACUGACGUACUGUUACGGGGUGAGAAACAUGAAUGAUGAACAUUAACAAAAUAAAUAUUAUUCCUGUCGGAUUCUCUGUCAGUCAGAUUGUCAGUAUAAUUAAAGCUCCUGCCAAAAUAUAGAACUAAAUAGAUUUACACAUUAGUUGCAUAUUAGGUCGUGAAAAUAGGAAAAAAUUUCCAUUGUCAAAUCUAGAUGAUAUUUGUAAUUAUGAUUUAUAGUUUUCAACAUUAACGGAGUCAUAGUGUAGUGUAAAUACGUUAUCAGUAGCAUAAUACAGUAUCUUAACGUAAGCUGAAAUGGAGAAUAAUUUCCCAAACGAUGACGAAAAUCAGGAUUCAUCAUUGAGUCCUAAAUGUGGGGGUAAAAAGCAAAAAUUAAACGACGGUAGUUCGCAAGAUAGUCUUAAAGAAACAGCAUCUGGAAGUAAAGACGAGAAGGAUGAAAAUGUUGAUAGUGGUGUGUCUGCUGAUAAAUCUGAGAGCACGAGCAGUGAAGGUCACGUCGACAAUCCCGCGGUGGGACCCUCCAACGAAAUCGUUAACAUAGGUCCUUCGAGUAGCAAUAUUGGUGCUAUACUCCUUGACAUAAGGCAGUCAAGACGACCAAGGAAUUAUAGAAAACGAAGAACUCCCGACAGGGAUUCUGAUAGUGAUAAUUCCUCUAUAGACUCAGACGAUAUAGCUCUUGAAGAAAUUCAUCUGCAAACAUCUGGAGAUUCAGUAUCAGACUGCUCCAAUAGUUCACCUAGCAUUUUUAUAUAUUUUUUAAAUAGAAGUAGCUCUGACAGCUCUUCAGGAAGUGGUCUGAGCUUAGGAAUUGGUAAUGAAGAAAAUGGUAGUGCACCUUUCGCUGGAGAGACUGACAGUGAUGAUGAAACAUGGAUUUGGAAUCAUCGGCAUGAUCACGUUAAGCGUGAUCCACCGGCUGUCCUAUUCAAAACUCGGCCGAAACACUCAUAUUUGAUUUUAAGAGAAAUAAUCAACCGCGAACUAGGAUUGACAUUUCCUUGCGGCAAAACGAUACAGAAUGACGUAAUGUUUGAACAAAAGUUUUACGGCUCACUUCAUGCUGUUUACAGACUAGAAAAACUUCAUAGCCUUUCGAAACACAAAGGCUGCGUUAAUUCAAUUAAUUUUCAUCCAGAAGGAGAGCUUUUAGCUUCAGGUUCAGACGACACGAAUGUUGUGGUAUGGGAUUGGGCGAAAAAAAUACCCUUACAAGUCACCAAAAGUGGUCACAAGUCAAAUGUUUUUCAGAGCAAAUUUUUAUAUUUAAAUGCUCAGAGUCAAAUUAACAUUGCCACAUGCGCUAGAGAUGGACAGGUGCGGUUGCUGUCGCUACCGCCGGCGGGCAGCGCGGGCGGCGGCAGCGAGACGCGGCGGCUGGCGACGCACGCGCGCGCCGCGCACAAGAUACACGUGUGGCGCACCGAGCCGCACCUCGUCGUGUCGGCCGCGGAGGACGCGCUCGUCAUGUGCGCCGACGUGCGCGCGGACAAGGCGCUCAAGCUGAUCCACGUGAAGAGCUCGUCGGGGAACUCGAUCCCGCUGUACAGCGUGGCGGGCCACCCCCUGCGGAGGCACGAGCUGCUGCUGGCCGGCCGCGACAAGUUCGUGCGCGUGUACGACUCGCGCCAGCCCGCCGCGCCGCUCGCGCUCUACCGCCCCGCGCACUUCCGGGAGAGCACGGAUAAGGAUUUGGCCGCCAAGCGUCGGUCUAUGAUGCAUCUCACGUGCGCGGUGUACAACCACGACGGCACUGAGAUAUUGGGCUCCUACAAUGAUGAAGAUAUCUAUCUGUUUCGUACUAAGGAAGAUGUUUUCGACGACGAUGAGAUCGACGGAUACACUCAUAGAUACAGUGGUCACUGUAAUAGCGCCACGUAUAAGGGUGUGGCGUUCUUCGGGCCAAAGAGUGAGUACAUAGUAUCCGGAUCGGACUGCUCCUACAUUUACAUGUGGGAGAAGAAGUCGGAGGCCAUCGUGCAGUGGAUGGAGGGAGACAAGAAAGGAGUGGUAAAUUGUAUAGAAACACAUCCCCGUUUCCCUGUAAUGGCGACUAGUGGAUUAGACAAAGAUGUCAAAAUAUGGAUACCGAAGAGAUUGUCGGAUCCCACGUACGAGGGAAUGGAAAAGGUGGUGCGCGACAACGCGGCGCCCAGCCCGCUGUUCAACGACUUCCUGCCGUCGCUGUACAGCACGUGGCACGGCGGCCGCCUGGCCGCGCGCGACCCGCCCGGCGCCGCGCUCGAGUUCGACGGGAACGUGUGCGCCGCCUUCUAG